AUGCAUUUUACUCUGUCAACUCUGCCUGCCAUAGCAGCCAGGCAAACCGAUGCUCUGGAGGGCUAUGUUUUUGCCUAUUUCACAAAUGAUACCAUUGCCGGCGAGAAGAUCUAUUUCGCCGCAAGCAACGGCAAUGAUGCCCUUGACUGGACCGAGCUAAACAACGGCCAGCCUGUACUUACCUCUACAGAGGGUACGGGUGGUGUCAGAGAUCCAUUCAUCAUUCGAUCUGAAGAUGGAAGUACCUUCUAUCUGAUAGCUACCGAUCUGUCGAUUGGGUCGGGUACUUCUUGGGGUGACUCUGUCCGUCAUGGCAGUCGCUAUCUGGAGGUCUGGGAGUCGAGCGACCUCGAGACUUGGUCAGAACAGCGCCAUGUCCUUGUCUCGCCUGAGACAGCCGGUAACACGUGGGCACCUGAAGCCUAUUAUGACUCAGACCUCGGUGCUUAUAUUGUUUUUUGGGCUUCUGAACUAUAUGAGGAGUCUGACACGGAACACACUGGCACUUCGUAUCACCGCGUUCUAUACGCUACCACAACGGACUUUGUCACCUUCGGCGACCCUGUCAUCUGGGAAGACACAGGUGUAUCAAGAAUCGACUCGACUGUAAUUGAUGUCGACGGUGUCUACUACCGCUUCACCAAGGACGAAGGCGGAAGUGCCACCGGUUGUGUUGACAUCAUCCAAGAAAGCUCGACAAAUCUGCUUGCGACAAACUGGACAAGCAUCACCGCUUGCAUUGGUGAGAAUGCCGGUACGCAAGCAGUUGAAGGCCCUACGAUAUUCAAGUCCAACCCGGACGAUGUGAAUGGAGAGAAGUUUUACUUGUUCGUCGAUGAGUACUCUGGCCGCCACUACCUGCCACUCGAGACUGAAGACAUUGCCAACCCAGAUUGGCAAUUGUCUAGCUCAUAUAGCCUGCCCGCAAGCCCACGUCACGGUACUGUUCUCCCUGUGACUGCAACCGAAUGGAAUACUGUCACAGCAGGCACUGUGACGAAGAAGCGCUCGUCACUGCAGAAGCGAGAUAGCCCGGUGCUGCCUGGCUAUAACGCCGAUCCCAACAUCGCUGUUUUUGGCGGCACUUAUUACAUGUACCCAACCACUGACGGCUACGCUGACUGGGGCGCUAAAGACUUCUAUGUCUGGAGCUCAUCUGAUCUUGUCACCUGGACUCGAAAUGACAAUCCCAUCCUGACACUGAAUGGUGCGGAUGGUAACGUCCCGUGGUCUACCGGCAACGCCUGGGCGCCAACCAUUGCCUCAAAGAAUGGCAAAUACUACUUUUACUUCUGCGGGCACAACCCUAUCUAUAACGCAAAGAACAUUGGUGUUGCUGUUGGAGAUUCGCCCGAAGGACCUUUCACUGCUCAGGAGGGCCCUAUGAUUACCAAUACCGAGUCCAUCACCACAAGCCAAGCCAUUGAUCCCGAUGUCUUCGCCGACCCCGUAUCGGGGAAGUAUUACUUUUUCUGGGGCAACGGCAAAUGCUUGGUUGCUGAGCUCAACGAUGACAUGCUCUCAAUCAAACAAGAUACUAUCACUGAGAUCACCGGCCUGACGGACUACAACGAAGGGACCUUUGUAAACUACCGCAAUGGCCUUUAUCAUCUCACCUAUUCCAUUGCCGACACGCGGUCGCCUGACUACCGUGUUGGCUAUGCCACUGCCACUAGUCCCACCGGUCCCUACACGUACCAGGGUGUCGUCCUGCAGAAGGAUGAGUCGCAAGGCAUCCUUGGAACUGGCCACAACUCCAUCAUUGGUAUCCUGGGAACCGACGACUGGUAUAUGGCUUACCACCGCUUCGCGAUCCCCAAUGGAAACGGCACGGACCGUGAGGUCACCAUUGAUCGUGUCACCUUCAAUGCAGACACUGGUUUGAUGAACACAAUCGUCCCAACGCUCGCCAGUGUCAGUGCCGAAACUGUCCCAUAA